AUGGCACCUACCACUUUCCUCACCCUCCCAGCCGAGCUUCGCAACGAGAUCUACGAGCUUGCUUUCACUUCUGCUCACGACUCGGUCAACAACGAGGCUAUUGACAUCCGCGAGACAAGUCCGCCAAGCAAGGCGCUCUUAUUCGCAGGUCGCCAGACCUACAACGAGGCUGCUAAGAUCUACCAAGAAGCAUAUCGCAAGUAUUGGGUAGAACCCCACUUCGAGCUCGAUGUCGACAAGACACCACUUACCGAGGACGGGCGAGAGGCCAUUCAAGGGGUUAACGCCGCAGAUAUGGCUCACAUCACCAACCUGAUCAUCAAAGGUACCCCCAUUACCCGGGGCAGACGCAACUCAUACAUCGAUCUUCAUCGUCUGUCAUAUGGAUGGCGCUACGAAGCCAUCACGUUGAGCCUCACGUCCUUCAUAAUCGCGAAGCGAGAUCAAAGCGGAGACGUCAACUUAUACUGGUCGCGCAAAGGUGAUAGACUCGCCGAAGCGGCACUGUGUCCUGAUGCGGUGCUCGAGCUGAGCUGGGGGGAAUUGGACGUGGUGCUGAAGGACUUAUUGGGAAGGUAA